AUGCAGAUGAGAAACUGGGACUACAAUAGGGGACCGGCACAGAGGCGAAGACCCUUUCCUGAUCACCAGUUUUAUGAUGAGUAUCAAGAAGACAUGCAGCUGAAGGACCUAGACUUCAGUAACAAGGGACCUGGACAAAGGCUGAGACCCUUUCAGGGACAGCAGUUUCAUGAUGAUUUACAGGCAGAGAGAGAAUCGAGGGACAUUGAAUUUAACAGAGGCUGUGGACAAAGGCAGAGAUCUUUUCCUGACUAUCCAUCUCAUAAUGAUUUGCAGGAAGACAGACAGUUAAAGGAUUUUGAUGUUGGUAGCAGAGGCCGUGGCCAGAGACGAAGACCAUUCCAUGACCACCAAUCUCGUGAUGAAUUUCAGACUCAGAUACAGUUGAAAGAGUUAGAUUGUGUCAACAAAGGUCCUGGCCAAAGGCUAAGAUCUUUCCAUGACUAUCAGUCACAUGAUGAGUUAGAGCCACAGAGGCAAUUGGGAGAUUUUGAAUUUGUUAACAGGGGUUGUGGACAGAGGUUGAGACCUUUCAAUGAUCACCAGCCUCGCAAUGACUUACAAACAGAGAUGCAAUUAAAAGAUCAUGAUAAUAAAGGUCCUGGACAAAGGUGCAGACCUUUUCAUGACCAUCAGCGUUAUGAUCACUUACAGGAACAGACUCAGUUACAAGAUUUUGAUUAUGUUAAUAAAGGUCCUGGACAAAGGUGCAGACCUUUUCAUGAUCAUGCAGGUCACAAUGACUUGCCACGUGAAUGGUGUUCAGACAGAAGUCAAUCUUUUUCUUCGCAUGAAAAUGUACCAGAACCUCAUUUCUCCUCAUCUCCUUCACUUCACAGAGAUUAUGGGUCUGAUAAUGAUGACUUUAACAGAAGUUAUAGUAAUCGAUCAAAUUGUCCUGAAGAAAAUAGGAGAAUGCAUCCCUCAGAUGAAUUUAAUAGAGGAAAAAACAGAUUUGCACCAUAUUCUUCACGAACAAUGCAUCCAUCUUCAUCUAUGCACCAAGAAGAUAGUUCAAUAGACUAUGAAAGACAAACUUUUCAAGGUGAAAGUGCCAGAGAGAUGGAACAAAGCAAAAGAUUACCAGUUGUAACAGUUGAUUACAAUUAUGGUCUGCCAUUAGAUUAUGGACCUGAAGAGGAAGAGAGAACACAUUAUGAUUUGCCUCCAAGUGACCGCUACAGCUGGAACUGAAUAAAAAAGGCAAUGUUUGCUCAGCUUAGACUUACUUUUACCCAUUUUACUUUGUAUGUGGACCAAUUUUUUUUUUUUUUAACAAAUUAGGAAAAUGCAACUUUCAGUAGUAGAGAACUG